AAGUCCAGUUCCUUCAGCUGUGUCUGAGUAAGAGCUUCUGUGUCCAAGGCACUAUGAUGGCUUCAAGAUUCCUGAGAGCCAGUUUGAUGACUGAUGUGUGCAAGGAUGUCAAUAUUCAGAUGAGGGACUUUCCAAUUCUGAAGUGAGAAGUGAGGAAAAAGCAUCCUGGUGACACAUCAGUAUAACUCACCUUCAGAGAGGGAAGGAGAUUCAUCUCCAUCCUAAUCCCAGCCUUCUCAGAGACAGGAAUGAGUCUCCCUGGCCUUUCCUGCCCUGCCCUUCCAGGAGUGCCACCAGCUCCCAGCAGUGCCACUGACUGAAACUGAAAACUGAAAAAGAGGAUUAAAUUGUGAGUAGAUAUUCUAAGUAUUUGCACAACCUGGUACAAAAAUGACUUCCCUAAAAGACAUCCUGAGAAAAAACCUGAAGAUGGUCCAUGGUUAUCCCAUGGUCUACGCUUUUGCAAACAGCUGGGAAAAGGUUGAACAGUUCCACAGCAGACCAGAUGACAUCGUGAUAGCCACUUACCCCAAAUCAGGUACCACUUGGGUUAGUGAAAUUGUGGACAUGGUUCUGAAUGAUGGAGAUGUUGAAAAGUGUGAGCGAGAUUUUAUAACUGUUAAAGUUCCAAUGUUGGAAAUGGCUCUCCCUGAACUAAGAACCUCAGGUAUAGAACAAUUAGAGAAGAAUCCAUCACCCCGCCUCGUGAAGACACAUCUACCAAUUGAUCUCCUUCCUAAGUCUUUCUGGGAGAACAACUGCAAGAUGAUUUAUCUGGCUCGAAAUGCCAAGGACGUUGCUGUCUCAUAUUACCAUUUUGACUUAAUGAAUAAUAUGGAACCUUUUCCUGGCACUUGGGGAGAAUAUCUGGAGAGAUUCUUGACUGGAAAGGUGGCCUAUGGUUCCUGGUUUAAUCAUGUUAAGAGCUGGUGGAAGAAAAAGGAAGAACAUCCAAUACUUUUCUUGCACUAUGAAGAUCUGAAAGAGAAUCCAAAGCAGGAAAUCAAGAAGAUUGUUAGAUUUCUAGAGAAGAACCUGAAUGAUGACAUUUUGGAUAAGAUUGUCCACCACACCUCAUUUGAAAGGAUGAAGGAUAAUCCUCUGGUGAAUUAUACACAUCUACCAAGUGCAGUGAUGGAUCACAGCAAAUCCUCUUUUAUGCGCAAAGGGAUUGCAGGUGACUGGAAGAAUUACUUCACAGUGGCCCAAAAUGAGAAAUUUGAUGCCAUUUAUAAGAAGGAAAUGUCUGGAAUUGCACUUCAGUUCCGCAUGGAGAUUUAAAGGACGGGAGCUGCAAAUCUGAAGAAAGAAGAGCUCACCUGUAAUUUUUUGAAACAGGGACAGAUAUGACUUGGGCAAUCAAAUGGAUUUAUAAAGGAGAGAAUCUGCUUUUAAAGCUUUGAUUUUUCAAUGUCAUUAACUUAGUUCUCAGUUUUGCUCCAGACCAAGCUUCUAAAUUCCCUAAAGUUAGGGCCAAUUGCUACCUUUUUUGUAGAUUAUUUCUGCCUUUUCCUAGACUAAUGCUGAUGAGAGAGAAAGUAUUUAUUCUACUCAAUCUCCAUAUAUUAUGACUUAAGAUUGAGUUCCCCUCCCUAUUAACAUGGCCUAAAAAAUACUGUUCUCACACUGACAAUAUAUUUCCUAACUCUGCCCCAGUUUCCAUUUUCUGAAAACUUGACCCAGGACACUCUGUUCCACUGCUGUCUCCUGGGUUUUAUGUUGUUCCCUGAGUCAUAGCCCAUCUUCUUGAAGCGUUUCUACUUGGAUAACAUUGUUCAUGUUCCAGAUCAUUUGGUUCAGUUUUUAGAAACGCUGUUUCUAUGCCUAAUUUCGAAAGUAUCCAAAUUUCUUAUUGCUGAAAAUAUAGUUUCUGAGUCUCCAAAGGUGAAAGGUCUACAUUAGUCUCCCUCCAGCUCUUCCCUGGGAAUGGGAACUCUGCUCUGAGAGCCUGGACUAAGGGCUGGAACCUGUUUCCUGUGAAGUCCUUCCAGAUCUCAACAGCCUCUUCUGAACUUCAGAGAAUCACCUAUUGCCAUGCUCUGGUCACCAUUUGGGAAUUUCAAUUACUUCAUCCUGUGUCUGAACAGAUUUGGAUCCCCUAACAGCACCUAGAAUACCCCAGAUAAGAUCAUAGCUGCUGCUAAGAUUUCCCAAUCUGGUGCCUAAGGGAGACUCUCUAGGCUCAAUCUCCACUAUGCCCUCUAGACCCAAGGUCCCUUCUAUCUACUGUUCUGCACGUAUGCUUAUCAACAGGCUCUUUGCAAAAUGUUUCCUUGGAACAUUUAUUUCUCAACUCCAGCUUUGCCUUAGAUGUAAUUGUUUAUAUCUCCAUGUGCAGACUUUUGCUUGCAGAUCAUAUUGGCAUGUGCCAAAUUACAUACCAAGCCCAAGUUCUCAAACUCAAGGUUUGUUAGCAUGUCCUGGGCCCAUACUUGUUCUGGAAAGGAGAUCUGCCAUAUUAUAGACCCCUUCAGCCAUAACUGAGAUAGCUACGAUAAUUUGAUUACAAUAUUUUGCCUUCUCAGAUGAAUAUCUAUCAGCCUUUGCAGCUGGAAUAGCUCCUCAAGCCUGUAACAUCUCUCUUCCCCAACACCAGCGGGGGAUUGAUCUAAUGCCAACAGCAAAUCUCCUAGCAGUGGUAUAUCCAUGAUCCUGGAGAUAGUUAUUUUCAGAGGUUUAUUAUAAAAUGUAUUAUACAUUAUUUGAGCACAUGAAACUUGUGUCUAUGUUCCUUAGAAAAUGUUCAGUAAUAGAUAAUCUUGAGCACCUAGGGGUAUUAUGAACUAGUUCCAGCUUUCUAGAAUAUUCUUGGCAACAAGGAAGUAAAGCCGAUCAUAUAUCUAUUUGCUUUAUUAUCUUUAUUAAUAAUAAAUUAAUGUGGUAUGGA